AUUUUUGGAACACCCUGUAUAAAUUAGAUAUUACUAAAUUACUAAAAGAUAAUAUUUUAUUAACUGUAUUGUCUUUUAGUAUUUACUAUUUCUAUAUUUACAAAUCAAUUAUCCAAUUUCAGAGAACACGCAUUCUGUCUGCCACCGAAGUUGCAAUUAUACAAAAAUAUUUCCUGGCAAACUCAGACAUGAUGCUGUCUUUUUUACAUUAUCUUUCUAAUGGAUCAAUGUAUUUACUUUUCGGUUUUUUAACCACUUUUGUGGUUCUUUUAAAUAAUAUUCUAAGUCUAACUGAAUACAGUUUUGUUUCUUCCCGUUAUAAUGUUAUAAGUCUUUUGUUUUGUUUCGUUACCUUAUAUAAAGGUAUUAAACAGGUAUCGACACUUUUGUGAGGUAUCAAACAGAUAUUGAUACUUUUUAUUGAGUACUUUGAUAUCGAAUUGAUUGAAUAUCAUCAAUGGUAUCGGUAUCGAUCCGAUCACUAGCGAUGGGGAUUAUUAAGAUGAUAUCGUCGAUAAGGACGGUGGAGGUGUCACUGUACAAUAUACUUUUGACGAUGUCGUACACCUGCCCAUUGCUCUUGUACAUUCAACGAUAUAUCUAUUUUCUGUCCAUCUUUCCACUAUUAAAAGUUAUUUUCGGUAAUAUCGGAAAGAUUUGCAGACAGGCGAAAAAUUCUGUUGAACUGGACCUAUUCAUGAAACAUAUAAUUGAUACGCGACGCAUAAUCGUUGCAUAUCUAGCUACGUCGUGUAUAACAGCAUGCUUCACACUUCUGGUAAUAGGAAUCCCUACAAUAUUGCGUUCAAAUCUUCAGCUGUAUUAUCUACGCAUGUUUGGAUUCUUUUACAAUCAGGGAGGUCAGCAAACCGAUAUCGUUUGUCUUCUUCUGAUAUUGGUAAACGCAAUGGGUGUCAUGUCGAUAGCAGGUACAGAGGCGGCAAUCGGUGUCAAUGUUUCUUAUUUAUGCGGUCUGCUCGAAGUCACCAGUUACCGAUUAGACAUCGCUGUUAACGAUAUGAUAAACUCAGCUACGAUGUCACAAAUAAACAUACGACCAGCUGUGGCCGCCCAUCAGCGUGCUCUUCAAAUGACCAAAACUGUUACGAACAGAGUGAGUAAGUCGUAUUUAGUGGCUAUCAUAGCAGUUAUCGUCUCAUUUGCUGUCAAUUUAUACCGUGUAAGCAUUGUUAGAUGUGAGUAGAAAACAACUCGAGAAGCUAUCGCGAUAAAUUUUUAUAAUUCUUGUCAACAGAAAUGCAAUGAAACAGUUUGUGUCUUUUUUUUAUAUGUGACAGUUGCUUCUAGCAAUAAAGGAUAUGACAGAUGCGGAAAA